CUCUAGGCAGCUGCGAAUUGUGUUGGCUCGGAGUUUGUAAAGCGUGUGUAAGUGUGUAUAGAGUGUGUGUACAGAGUGUGUGUACAGUGUGUGUGAGAACUUGCGCUGUGGUAACGGUGUGUGUGUUGUGUGGAUAGAAGAGAGCAGCUGAUCAGAAGAAGGAGCGGAACCGCUUGUGUGUGUGUGUGUGUAAGAGAGAGAGUGUGUGAGUGGACACACACCGACCAUGUGGACGCAGUGACGCACACGCUUAGGGAGGUCAUGUCCGUGUCUGUGAUGGAGCUGUACGAAGAUGAAGAAGCCCGAGAGUCGGACCGAGACAGUGCCAUCGAGAGCGCUGCUGGAUCUGAGCUCUCAGAUGGAGGAAGAGGAGGAGAGAAAGAAGAAGGACUCCAAAUGUUCUUACAGCGACAGAGUGGAGACCUGAGUCUGAACCCGUCUGUGACCUCUGACCUUUCGACACGCUCGCUGAAUGAGGAGCAGUUUGAGGAUUAUGGAGAAGGAGAUGACGUGGACUUCAGUCCCAUCAGCCCUGAGGAUGAGACGCACACUAACGGGUUCUCUGACCUCGGGUCCUCUGUACCUUCCAGUGCCACUCACACACCACAGAAGGUGAGACAGCUGAGUAUUGAGCAUGAAGUGUUUUGCUCAAACUGCUGCAAAAAAGUCGCUCAGCUCAAUGAGCUUGAGACUCGGCUCAAGAACCUCAAAACACACAGCCCUAACAGGAAAAUUACAAGUACAGCGUUUGGCAGGCAGCUGCUGUACCACAGUAAUCUCAGCAGUAGGAACGGCAGCACAGAAGAUCUGUUCAGAGGAGGCAGCAUUGAUUAUUGUGACACCGACAUCGCUGACAAGGUGAGUCAGUUAGAGAAGAAACUGUGUGAGCUGGAGAAUGAGUGUCUGAUGAACAGUGAUGUGCAGUCCAAACUUAAACAGGAGAACACAAACCUAGUGCACAGGGUACACGAGCUGGAGGAGCAGCUCAAGGAACAGGAGGCGCGAGCCGAACAGAUCAUGGAUAAUGAGCUGAGGAGACAUCGAGAUGCCUUCAGCAAACUGGAACGAGACAAAAUGACACAGAUGGAGAUACUCAAUAACCGGGUGCAGCAGUUGGAGGUGGAGAAUACAGAGAUGAUGGCCAGCGUGAACCGACUGAAAACACAGACAGAGAAGCUUGAUGAGGAGAAGCAGCGGGUGACCGAUAAGCUGGAGGACACGAGUCUCCGUCUGAAAGAUGAAAUGGAUUUGUACAGGAAGAUGAUGGACAAAAUGAGACAAAACCGGAACGACUAUCAGACGGAGAGAGAAGCCAUGCAGGAGCUGAUUGAGGAACUACGGCGAGAACUUGAGCACUUACAGCUCUACAAGCUGGAGGCGGAGCGUAUGGGGCGGAUCCGAAGGUCGUCUAUCAGCCUAUCAGAUUACACCACACGGACUCGCGAGAACGACCUGGAACAGGAAACGAAGAGGCUCAAACAGGAGAACAAGAGACUCCGUGAACAAAAUGAAGAGCUCAAUGGUCAGAUCCUCAGUCUGAGUCUCCACGAAGCCAAGAACCUGAUCUCCACUCAGACAAAAGCUCAGUCCCUGGCUGCGGAAAUCGACAGCGCGUCACGUGACCAGUUAAUGGAAGCUCUGAAGGAGCAGGAGGAGAUCAACAUCCGUCUCAGACAGUACAUGGACAAGAUUAUAUUAUCCAUCCUCGACCACAACCCUUCCAUCUUGGAGAUUAAAUUCUAAUAACAAGCUCUUAGUAUUUAAAACUAAAGACUGGCCACUUGCUGCCCCCUGCUGCUGUGGAGGUGGAACUGUGUCCUUCGUGACCCAUUUGUGAGACUUCGGGACGUUAUUCGUCCUUGGUGCUGUAUGUAACAGAUUGAGGGAACAGCCACUGGAACAGCGAUUUACAAAAGCGUUCAGGGGUCUGAACUGUGAUGGCCUUUUCCUGGAUGUUAUUUUUGUUCUCGUCUCAAAGUUCUGAUGUUGGGAUUGAUUUGGUGUUGAGUAAGUUGAUCAGAGGGAAGAGUCCAAAGAGUGUCAGGGAUGGGAAGAGUAUGUGUGAGAUGGAUAAUGAGUUGAUGAAUAAAGCACAUCCUGAAUUUGAGGUUUGCCACGUUAAAGGGGGUGGAGCUAAACUUAUAAAUCAUAUCUGCCAAUCACAGACUUGAUUAAGGCUUCAUGUGAUGUAAAACAGGUUUUAAUGACAUCUCAUGGUGGUUUAGUGAACUACAUGAAACACUGGUUAUUGACUCUGUAGCUAAUGCUAAUAACGCUAAUACCUCAGCAAUCAAUUUAUUCUGCGAAGAGGCUGAUGAUAUUUACGUUUAGCUCCGCCCCUUUUGACCUACAAGUCCCAGUCGCUCAGUGUAAUCAGGACAUUACUUGAGCUGAUAUUACUGUCCCAACUGGUGAUAUCACAAUAAUUUUACCUUUCCUCAUUGGCUCACAUACAAAUCAUCCUGGAUUUGGAUUAUAUUCCUUCAAAAUAAGGGCUUUUAGAAGAUUAAUGAAUAAGACAAACUUUCUCAGGAGAAACGAUUCCCUGUAAUAAUAUUGAACCCCCUGGUCAUCAAGGGAAUAUUGUAUAAGUGAUUAGCAGCACAUGCUGCUGAGGUAGAGCAAUGUCAGCGUUAUGAAUGUUAAUGACGCCUCGUCAUAUCAGUGUAAGUGCUUCCUGUUUUCAAGAUGUUACAAUGAGUGCUACUGGAGCCAUCAUCAUCAUCAGGGCCUUCUCUUUAUUUCAGAACUGAUUUCAUUUCUCUUGUUUUCCUUUUUACUUUAAUGCUAAUUCAUCUGUUAUGCAAAUUAGCUAUAAAUUGGAUAACGAAGCACUCAUCUCAUAUUGAGUAUCAGGCUUAUUUAGUAUUUAGAGAGGAACUUUCUGUAGCUUUUUUUAGCCAAAGUUUCACCUCGGUAACAUUCUGGACAGGUUAUUUACAUCUCAGUGCCAGGUAUUGGCUCAGUAUUUGGAUUUGUAUGUUACUGAAACGUUUGUAAUGUUUUUGGUGGUUGGGUCGGUCGAUGCGAUACACACCUGUUUUGGGUUUGUCACUAAUUAGUUUAAUGUACAUUUGUUUUUCAAGGCAAAGUGCCUCAUAUCCACUGAGCUACUUUACCUUUAGCAUGAACACAUAAACACAUGAACUUUAUAUUUUUCAGUUUUCGUGUUUGUGCCUUAUUUUUUUUAAAGCAGCCCCCACUGGCAGACCAGUUGAUUGUUUCUUGCACCUUUUUGAAUCAUCCUCCAUUUCAGUGCAAUUUCUAAACAAACUGUAAAUACUGUAUAAUGAUCAGUAACACACCCAUUUUCUAAACCAUUCACUUUUUUCUACACCUCUGUUGUAUAGUUUAGCUUUCGCUUUUUCACACACUAUCUCCUAGCUGUUAAAGCAAUAACCUACCACUACUUUAGUGACAGAAGCCAAACGCUAGCUGGGGAUCAAGCAGGAGUGGUGCGUGAACCAGGCUACCGUGGCUUAUGAUGUCCGCUUUUUUGUUUCUUACCUUCUUUUAAUAGUUUAAUUGAAUUAUUCAUUCUGACUGUUGACUUUUGUAAAGACGUUUCUUACACAGGAAUAUGUUCAUUAGCACCUCGUUAACUUAUGAACGUAAACCGGAUAAUUGUUACACGUUUUCUUCUGUACUUUUUUUUCUUUUCCAAAUGGGACGUACUCUGCCGUUCUGAACAUCAUUAGCAUGUUGGAGAUCAGUAGAAUGUAACAUUGGCUAGAAUUUUGGCAAUAAAUUCUCAAAUCUA